UAGUCGUAGACAACGAUGGGAACGCGUUGACACCACAAAGGGAGACACAAAUGUUGUCAUAUAUUUCGAUAGAAUAACCCGAUCGAAGAUCUUUCUGACAGUCUGUGGCCAUCGGACCCAUCGUGUGGUCAACACUAAAGCCGUUCCCAUCGUUGUCUACGACUACUAUAAUCGUCAACAAAGCGCUCGUAAGCUGAAAGGGAUUCAUAACGUGCAUCACUCCAAUAGUUUAAAAAGCAAUUACUAUAUUGUGUUCACUCGCACGCCAUUGUUGGCCAACUCCAGUGCCGCACAUUUGGUGAACAUAUCUAACGCACACUUUGACAAAUA